ACACAUGAGAUUUAGGAUGAUUGUAGUCUGGGUGAGGGUAUUUUGUGCCUACAGACUGCCGUCCAAUUGUUGCGAAAACCUCUCCCUGCCAACUUCCGUGUUCCGCCCUAAAACACGAAUCAGAGCGCGCUGUAAAUGUUAAUAUGUUCUACAGAGUGUCUAAAGUAGCCCUGAAUCAACUGUGCCCACCCUUCGAAAUCCAUCGUAAAAUUAGACAUGAAUCCAACUCUCAUUUCCAAAAUCAAACUCAAUAGAUUCAUCUCUCUCCCUCAAUUUAUAAACUCCUCUAUCAAACCAACUCGUCUAAAUUUUUUAUCUCACUUCUCUUCUUCUCCUUCUCACUCUAAAACUUCUGCUACCCAAAGUAGCAAUGAUGAUUUAUCUACUGAUGUCACUACUCAAGAGCUGAAGAACAGAAUUGAGAGGUACUUAGGAGGUGACAUGGACGCUCUUCCUUCCAUCUUUGAAGGCAUACUUGUGAGAAAGUUGAGCGGUAAACAUGAUGAAACUGAUGAUGAAUUGAUGGAGGAUUUUCGAUCCAAGACCCAGAAAGAUGAGGAUCAACAGGUUCAGUCAGAUAAGGAUCUCACUGAUUCUGAUGAAGAACUUAGUGACUGAAGAAGUGGUUUUUAGUUGAAGAAACUUGUAGCAAAAAUGUGAUAAUCUAGUUGACCAUGCAAAUCAUGUAUACAUUUUCGGACUUCUUGGUGUAACCUCCGGCUUCUAUCUGAAACACAAGAGAGAGGAACAUCGUUACAGGAUUGCAGUCAGCUAGCUCUGUGAUAAUUUAGUUGACCAUGCAAAUCAUGUAUACAUUUUGGAAGUGGUCACCUUCUUUCUGAUGCAAGCUCUUGUAAUUAGUCCUAUGUUUCUUGUGGGAUCUUCAAGUUUAUAAAAUGGCCGAACACAUGUUUGCUACCAAUCAAAAGAGAGGAAGGGAAUGUUGUUUGCUGCACUUGUGUAGCUGUGCGGGUCCCUCUCCUCCCUCUUUCUUGGUAGGUUUUCACUGAAA